UCCACCUAAUUUGACAACUAAAAUUACUACAUAAUAUGAAAAUUUUCAAAGAUUUACGUGAGAUAUACAACAAUUUAGCCACUUUGAUUUGGAAUUUCUUUUUUGUUAUGUUAAGUGCAUGCAAAAGAAUCUUAGGAGUCGGACAAUUCUUCCAGCUCAGGGGGACAUGCAGUGUUACUGAUCCAAGUCGAAGAAGGUUUCGAUCAAAGAUGGACUUAAAUUUAAAGUGUCGGGAAAAUCCUAUUGUUAUUAAAGUGGAUUCGCCAGAGUUUAAAAGUAUAUUUACAGAAGAAGUUAUAGACCUAAAAAAAAUUUUUGACAAAUAUAAACAUGAAAUUAGAAUCGCUGGUGGUGCUGUAAGAGAUCUUUUAAUGGGACUUACACCAAAAGAUCUUGAUUUUGCCACAACAGCAACUCCUGAAGAAAUGAAAGAAAUGUUCACUGCGGAAGAAGUAAGAAUGAUAAACGUUAAUGGAGAGAGGCAUGGAACUAUCACUGCUCGAAUUAACGACAAGGAGAAUUUUGAGGUAACCACCUUAAGGAUUGAUAUGGUUACCGAUGGACGUUUUGCAGAUGUUCAAUUCACUAAAGAUUGGAAACUUGAUGCUAACAGAAGAGACCUUACUAUAAAUUCUAUGUUUUUAGGGUUUGAUGGAUCUGUUUAUGAUUACUUUUAUGGAUAUGAAGAUUUACAAAAGAGAAGAGUUGCAUUUGUUGGAGAUCCUGAUGUUAGAGUCAAAGAAGAUUACUUGAGAAUUAUGCGUUAUUUCCGAUUUUAUGGAAGAAUUGCACUAAAACCAGACAAUCAUGAGGAAGAGACACUAAGAGUACUUAAAAAUAAUGUUCAUGGCUUGGAAAAUAUAUCAGGUGAAAGAAUAUGGGGUGAACUUAAAAAAAUUUUGCAAGGAAACUUUGCUGGAAAUUUGUUGAAGACUAUGCUCAAUGUAGGUGUAGGAGAGUACAUGGGUAAGAUGUUAUAG